UCUCCCUAUAAAAAAGGAAGGAAACGAAACGGCCGGUACAACCUCCAUCAGCGACUAAACCACCAACCCACCAACUCAUACUCCUCCUCCUCCUCCACUCUCCUUUGCCUGCUGCACAGAGAAAGAUAUAUACAAGCACAACCAACUCCACCUCUCUCUCUCUCUAUUUUCAGAAACAAAAACUUAGCUUUCACUCCCAAUAGUCUGCUCUGCAACAAGCGAGCAAGCUCAACCGCAAUACGCCGUCAUCUACUCCAAAAAACACUCUCUCACUCACAGUUUCGAAGAAUUUCUAGGGUUCAUCUCCCUCUGACAAGUAACCGUCUCUCUCUCUCUCUCUGAUUCAAUACCAUGUCGUGUGUGACCGCGUUAAAUUCUAACCGAGUCAGAUAGAAAAACAAAGAAGUCAUAGAGCUUUGGAUGCUAUGAAGAUUGCCUUUUGAUUUUGAUAGAAAGAAGAAAUCAUGACACAGCUUUUGGAAAUCCAGCCUAAGGAACUUAAGUUUGUUUUUGAAGUGAAGAAGCAAAGCUCAUGCUCAAUACGUCUUACCAACAAUGCCCCCCACAAUGUUGCUUUCAAGGUUAAAACAACUUCACCUAAGAAGUACUCUGUGCGACCAAAUGUUGGUGUUAUAGAUCCAAAAUCAACUUGUGAAUUUAUUGUCACAAUGCAAUCUCAAAAGGAGGCUCCUCCUGAUAUGGUGUGCAAAGACAAAUUUUUAAUCCAAAGCACAGUUGUUCCUGUUGGGACAACUGAGAAGGACAUCACAUCUAGUACGUUUGCCAAAAAUGAUAACAAGCAUAUUGAAGAGGUCAAGAUGAGAGUGGCUCUCAUCAGCUCACCUGAAUCAUUUGUACCGACACCAAUUAAUGGAGUGUUUAAGCAGGGGCCUUUUUUUGAACCUUCUGUACUGAAAGAUUCUGUGCCGAAUAGAGUUGAAAUUCUCAACCCACCGCAAAUAAAGCAGGGGCCUUUUUUAGAACCUUCGGUACUGAACGAUUCUGUGCUGAAUAGAGUUGAAAUUAUCACCCCACCGCAAACAUAUCAGGUUGCCAAGGAUGCUGAAUUCAAAAUGACCAACGGUCAUGAGAGCAAUACGUCUGAGGAUGUAGAGUUGAAGCCAGAGAAGGAUGUGAUUCAUGGUCAGGAGUCUAAGCUGUCAGAUGACACAGAUUGGGUACCAGUUAUUGACAUAGUCAAUGAGAAGGUGUUAAAGCUGGCACAGGACGAAGAGUUGAAGCAAGAUAAGGAUGCCAUUAGCAAUGAGCACUCAAAGCCAGCACCGGAUAUGGAGUCCCCUUCACUGAAUGAGGAAAUCAUAACAGCGAAUGCAGUGGAGCUGAAGUUGGCCAGUGAUAUUGAUGAGAUGAAAUCAAAAUUGCACGUACUUGAAUCAAAGCUGAACGAGACUGAGUCUACUAUUUCAAAGUUAACAGAGGAGAAGAGACAAAGCAGUCAAGAAAGGAAAAUCUUGCAAGAAGAACUCGAUUUUUUGAGAAGCAGGACAAGUGUAAAAAGAGUGUACGUGGGGUUCCCUCGUCUAUUUGUUGUUAUGAUUGCACUCAUCAGUAUCGAGCUUGGAUAUCUUUUACACAGUUAAGGUCUGUUCAUAGUUAGAACUUAAAAAGGACAAACGCAACCCGACUAUUGAUAUAAACGAUGCAAGGAAAUGGCUGGGGGCCAUAUAUGUUUGUCUAAGAUUUCUUACUUUUUUAUCCCUUCCGCCCCUUUUUGGAGGGAUUGACUUCCGGAUUGUCGGUGUGUUGCAUGUAUACACAGAAUGAACAUAAAAUGUAGAGAGAGAGAUAUCUUGUAUGUAUGACCAAUAAGAAAGAACACAAACAUCGUAUUGCUCUUAGGUUACUUCCAAGAAAUAGCCGUUCGAUGCAAAGAA